AGGGAAGGGAGUAUCGAAUAAUCCGUGUCUCUAAUUUUGUAUAUGCACGAACAUUCUUCUGAGAGUCAGAGAUAAAAGUCCGGAGAUUCAGAAGAAAUUUUGCAGAGAGAAGAAAGAAGGAAGAAGAAAAGUUCUAAUUUUCUUUUGCUCGAAAGAAGAAACGUAACAAACCACUGAGAGAUAUCUGCAAGUCGCUCGUGACAAAGAUAAAAAUGUCGAGUCCGCAAUUGGAUCUGCCAUGAAAAAUCCGAAAUAUUCGCUUAUUUAAAUUGUUAUUAAAGCAUUUGAUUGAUUAAAUUUAGCUUUACAUGGAAAAUCUUUUCUUGCCGUCCUCCUCCGUGAUCGUCGUUCUGUUUCCUCUGCGACUUCCUAGCCACGAGAUCAAGCAGAUUUCGGCCUCUCGAUAGAUCUCUGCUUCGAUUUCUGGAAGGCUUAGCUUCAGUCGGUCGGGGUUAGAAGGUUCUUUUAUCCGUUUGUGGUUGUUCCAACCGAAGGAAGGAGAGAUGAAGAUGGUGAAGUCGCAGGUGUGGCAACCCUGUAAGAAGAAGAGAUCUUAGAAGAAAUUUGUGAAAAGGGCAGCAAAGGCGACAUAGAAAGAGAAAAGGGACGGAAGGAAAACAAAGAAAGAUAGAUAUCAAAGAUGGCAACUCGUGGCAGCCGAACUCGUGUCGGGAAGUACGAGCUGGGUCGAACACUGGGUGAGGGAACGUUUGCGAAGGUGAAGUUCGCUCACAAUGUGGAUACGGGAGAGAAUUUUGCCAUUAAGAUUCUCGAUAAGGAGAAGGUUCUCAAGCAUAAGAUGAUUGGCCAAAUUAAGCGUGAAAUUUCAACCAUGAAAUUGAUCAGACAUCCAAACGUCACACGCAUGUACGAGGUGAUGGCUAGCAAGACCAAGAUAUACAUUGUUUUGGAAUUUGUGAAUGGUGGUGAACUCUUUGACAAAAUUGCUAGUCAUGGGAGGCUGAAGGAAGAUGAAGCAAGAAAAUAUUUUCAGCAGCUAAUCAAUGCUGUGGAUUACUGUCAUAGUAGAGGUGUUUUUCAUAGGGACCUAAAGCCUGAAAAUUUGCUUCUGGAUGCUAAUGGAGUUCUUAAAGUCUCAGAUUUUGGAUUAAGUGCAGUAUCUCAGCAAGUCCGUGAAGAUGGAUUACUUCACACAACAUGUGGGACACCAAAUUAUGUUGCUCCAGAGGUGAUUAACAAUAAAGGUUAUGAUGGGGCAAAGGCAGACCUGUGGUCAUGUGGGGUAAUUCUUUUUGUCCUCAUGGCAGGUUAUUUGCCUUUUGAAGAUUCUAACCUUAUGCAAUUGUAUAAAAAGAUCUUUAAGGCUGAUUUUAAUUGCCCUUCAUGGUUCUCAACAAGUGCAAAGAAACUAAUCAAAAGGAUUCUUGACCCCAAUCCAGAGACGAGAAUCUCAAUCUCCGAGGUCAUAGGAAAUGAAUGGUUUAAGAAAGGAUAUAAGCCACCAGUCUUUGAAUCAGAAGAUGUUAGUCUUGCUGAUGUGGAUGCUAUUUUUAAUGAGUCUGGGGACUGUAAAAACCUUGUCGUUGAGCAGCGUGAAGAAAGGCCACUCACAAUGAAUGCAUUUGAACUUAUCUCCACCUCUCAGGGUCUGAAUCUCAGCUCUUUAUUUGAAAAACAGAUGGGACUCGUUAAGCGGCAAACAAGAUUUACAUCCAAGUGCCCAGCAAAUGAGAUAAUCUCUAAAAUCGAGGAAGCAGCCAUGCCUUUGGGAUUUGAUGUGAAGAAAAGUAACUACAAGAUGAAGCUUCAAGGGGAGAAAACUGGACGGAAAGGCCAUUUAUCCAUUGCAACAGAGAUUUUUGAGGUAGCUCCUUCACUUUACAUGGUUGAACUCCGGAAGUCAGGUGGAGAUACUCUGGAAUUUCACAACUUUUACAAGAACAUCUCAACUGGACUGAAAGAUAUUGUCUGGAAAUCAGAGGAGGAAAUGAGGGGUGAAGGAGGUGGUUCUGUAGGAUCUUGAUUUAUGAUGUCAGUCAGCUCUAUGUUGAUGAGAUUCAUGGACUUGUAACCCUUUCCCCUAAAUAGAUUACAUGAGAAUCAAAUAGUUGAGUGCCUUAAUGUGUGUCUAUACUAUUGAAAUAGAGAGCAUGUAUUUUGCAUUGGUUUCAUGGAAUUAGUUACAUAUGACUGGUGAUUCAGGAUAGACAAUUAGGGGGUAGAACUUAGAACUGUAUUGCUUGAUUUGGAUGAAACUGAUCUAAUUAUGAGGAAC